GCAAAGAGGAAGAAGAAAACAACCCUAUGUGCGCUCGCGCCAGUCGGCUUUUCUUACUUUUUUAAAUUAGGUUCACUAUCCGUUGAUUUUCUGUUCGGCGGGACACUUAAAAAUAAGAAUGGCAGAAGAGUCAGCCGUGAAAGUGUGUGUUCGUGUCCGUCCGCUCAUUGAGAGGGAGGAAAACGCUGCGUUGGAGAAUGCAGAGCCUGUGCAGCUGUUUUGGAAGGCUGAUAAGAAAUCCAUUCAUCAGAUCGAUGAUGGGAAUUCCACAAAGAGCUUUGUUUUCGACCGCGUUUUCAUCGCAGAAGAAACGACCAAUCAGCUGUACCAGGACAUUGCGAAGCCUCUCAUUGUUUCCUCUGUGGAGGGAUACAAUGGAACUAUAUUUGCAUACGGACAGACUUCCUCAGGUAAAACUUUCACCAUGAUGGGAUGCGACCGUACUCCUGGAGUGAUCCCUCUGGCCGUGGAGGACGUCUUCCAAACUAUUAAAAAUUGUUCGAAGAAGGAGUUCCUUCUGAGGGUCUCCUAUAUGGAGAUCUACAAUGAAACUGUGACCGAUCUGCUCGUUGACAGCUGGAAGAGAAAACCCCUGGAAGUCAGAGAGACGAUCAAUAAAACCAUCUUCGUGUCCGACCUGACCGAGGAGCUGGUGACGUCUACCACGCAAGCGCUGGCCUGGAUUCGUAAAGGAGAAAAGAACCGCCACUACGGUAAGACCAAAAUGAACGAGCGCAGCAGCCGCUCGCACGCCAUUUUCCGAAUGAUCCUGGAAAGCAGAGAAAGAUGUGAAAAUGCAGAAGGAGAAAAUGCAGAUGGAGCCAUUAUUGUGUCUCAUUUGAAUUUGGUUGAUCUGGCUGGAUCUGAGAGGGCGAGUCAAGCAGGAGCUGACGGUGCACGUUGUAAAGAAGGUUGCAAUAUCAAUCGCAGCCUGUUCACGCUCAGCCAAGUGAUCAAGAAACUGACCGAUGAGAGUCAGAAGGGUUUCACCAACUACAGAGACAGUAAGCUGACCCGCAUCCUGCAGAACUCCUUGGGUGGAAACGCCAAAACGGUCAUCAUCUGCACCAUCACGCCCGUCGCUCUGGACGAGACGCUCAGCACGCUGCAGUUUGCCAGUACUGCAAAGAAAAUGAAGAACGACCCUCACGUGACGGAGGUGUCUGAUGACGGCGCUCUGCUCAGUCGCUAUCGCAACGAAAUUGUAGACCUGAAGCGACGGCUCACAGAGGUUUCUUCAGUCACUCAGACCACAGCGACGGAGAAGAAGGUUCUCUCCGAGCUGCUCCAGGAAAAGGAUCAGCUCCAGAGGGAACAGCAGGACCGGAUCAGAAAUCUGACCAAGCUGCUGGUCACCAGCUCCAACCAGGUCACAGUUCGAAAGUUGCCAAAGCGCCGGGUGACGUGGGGAGGAAAGAUGAUCCGACUCGCCCGCCCGUCUGUGUGCGGCGGUCCGGCCGACCUCAGCUUUGCAGAUUCUUUCACUCGGAAGCGGAAGGCAGAAAGGUCGUGUCUGUCGGAGCUGUGUGAAGAUGACGAGGACUUUGAGUCCCAGUGGGAGAUUUCCGAUGAGCCUUCAGAUGAAAUGGACAUGAGUCAGAGCUCUGUGACCGUUCGAAGCUUUGGAAACAGCCCCAAAGACUCUGUGUCUCCAGACUACAUCCACAAGCUCUCGGGGAAGGUGUCCCACCUGGAGCUGCAGCUGGACAUCGAGAGUCUGCACAAAGAGGAGGCCAUGACGAGGGCGGAGACGUCGGACGGCAGAGUGGCCGAGCUGGAGCUGCAGCUGCAGGCGGAGGCCAAGGAGUCCAACGAGAAGGCCGAGAUGUUGGACAUCCGAGUGGCGGACCUGGAGAUGCGUCUGGAGGAGCAGAGCCACACUCCGAGUGAGACGAAGCAGAUGAGCGAACAGUUCGGUGAGACCAUCCAGCUGUGUGAGACUCUGGCUACCGAGAAGGAGUCGCUGGCGGCCGAGCGGGACUACCUGAAGCAGGAGCUCGGGAUGUUCAUCGAGGAGACGGAGCGUCUGGAGAAGGAGAACGCCGCUCUGUCCAAGGAGGUGGAGGAGAAGAGGGAGGUGGACGAGUUCAGAUCUCUGGAGGACGACUUCAGGAAGGGGCACGAGGAUGACACGAGAAACGAAAUCUCUGAACUGAAGAGGGCCGCCGAGUCCUCAGAACGCCAACGUCUGGAGCUUCAGAACAAACUAGAAACUUUGUCUGAGGAGCUGCAGAAGAAAACUGAAUUUGUAAAAGAACUUGAGAGCAUGAGCGGGAAGGACCUGGUGCAGGAGGUGGCGAUGCUGCGGCGCUCUUUGGCCGACGCCGAGGGGCUCAGCCGAGACACCAAGAAAGAAUGGGCUCACCUGCGCAGUGAGAACAUCGCUCUGGACGAGAUGAACGUGACUCUGAGUGCCAACUCCGAGAAGAUGGAGGCCGAGGCGACCGGCCUGCGCGGCAAGCUGGAGGCGGAGAAGUCUCGCGGCAGAGCGAUGCAGAGCGACCUCCAAAAGGAGCUGAGCGCGGCGUUCGACGAGAACACCAAGCUCACCGCGCUGCUCGACGGGAAAGUCCCAAAAAAUCUGAUCGACAGCGUGGAGCUCGAGAGAGCCAUGGCGCGGCUGAACCGAGAGCUGAGCGCGGCCCGGGAAGCAGAAGGAGCCCUGAGGGCUCAGCUGGAGGAGCUCGCCUCGGCCCAGACGCUUCCGGAUGAGGUGGAACACCUGACGGCGCAGCUGAGCGAGCGGACUGAAGAGCUCCGGCGUGUGCGAGCUGAGAGCGACGCUGCGCUGUCGGAGCAGAGGAGCGCCGCCGAGGAGACGGAGACGCUGCUCGCCGCCGAGCGAGACCAGCUCACCGGGGAGCUUCAGGGGAGCCUGGAGAGGGCUGCACAGACGCAACUUCUUCUACAAUCUCUCCGAGGCGAGCUACAAGAGCAGAGUCGAAAUAACUCUGAUCUGGACAAACUCGCCGAGCAGAAGGAGUCUGAAUACGGGGAACAUGUGCUGGCUCUGACCCAGGAGCUCCGGUGCGCUCGCGACGAGGAGGCCGAUCUGCUGUCGGCGCAGAGGAGCUCCGCCGAGGAGACGGAGAAGCUGCUCUCCUCCGUCGCGUCGCUCGCCGCCGAGAGAGACCAGCUGCAGACGGACAUGCAGGACAACGUGGACAUGAUGAUUGAGAACCAGCAGGAGCUCAGGACGGCGCUGGACAAGACGCAGGAGCAGAAGGAGCGCAUCAAACAUCUGGAGGCGGCACGCGCAUCCAAACGGGAGGAUGCACAGCUGGAGGAGCUGCAGACACUGACCCGGGGGCUGACGGAGGAGCUCGAGAGUGUUCGAGCUCAGAGAGACGAGCUGUCGUCUGAGAGGACGGCCGCCGCUCUGACACACCGCGAGGAGACGGAGAGGCUGCAGAGCGGCGUGACGUCUCUCAGCCAGGAGAGGGACGAGCUGCAGGACGCUCUGGAGGCCCUGCGGCAGGAGAAGAGGCAGCUCAGAGCGCAGCUGGAGGAGCACGCGGAGACGGUUGCUCUCGCCCAAAGUGGGUUCAACCAGCCAGAAACACUGACCUCAGAACCUCAACCACAUGAGGAGGAAGUGACCCGUCUGCAGCAAGAGGUCAACGACCUCCAGGUGACUUUACAGGCCGUCGCUGAGCAGAAGAGCCAGCUGGAGGUCGACCUGCAGCGCACCACGGAGACGGAUCUAGAGACUCGGUGUCUUCUUCAAGCGGAGCUCCAGGAGCAGAAGCAGCUUCACUCUGAUCACAUGACCCUCUGUGAGCAGAAGGAAUCUGACUUGGAUCAACAGACCAAGACGCUCAGCGAGCAGCUGGAGAAUGCUCUCGCUGAGAGGGACGCCCUGUUGGCGAAGGAGAGCGUCGGCCGGAGCGCCGCAGAGGAGACGGAGAGGCUGCAGAGCGUCGUGACGUCUCUCAGCCAGGAGAGGGACGAGCUGCAGGACGCUCUGGAGGCCCUGAGGCAGGAGAAGAGGCAGCUCAGAGCGCAGCUGGAGGAGCACGCGGAGACGGUUGCUCUCGCCCAAAGUGGGUUCAACCAGCCAGAAACACUGACCUCAGAACCUCAACCACAUGAGGAGGAAGUGACCCGUCUGCAGCAAGAGGUCAACGACCUCCAGGCGACUUUACAGGCCGUCGCUGAGCAGAAGAGCCAGCUGGAGGUCGACCUGCAGCGCACCACGGAGACGGUUGUAGAGACUCAGCGUCUUCUUCAGUCUCUUCAAGCGGCGCUCCAGGAGCAGGAGCAGCUUCACUCCGAUCGCACGGCGCUCCGCGAGCAGCAGGAAUCUGACUCUGACCAACAGGCCAAGGCCCUCGCCGAGCAGCUGGAGGCCGAGAGAGACGCCCUGCUGGCGAAGGAGAGCGUCGUGGAGACGCUGGAGGGCAGAGUGGCGUCGCUCGGCCGGGAGAGAGACGAGCUGCGGCGGGCUCUGACGGAGGAGGAGCAGCUCGGAGCCGAGGUCAAGGAGCACAAGGAGGAGGUGUACGCUACGGUCAGGCAGCUGACGGCGGCUCUGGUGGAAGCGAAGGAGCAGAGGAUUCUCACGGAGACCCUGGUGUCGUCGACAGAACGGCUUUUGAAAAGCGUCCAGGAGGAGCUGUGUGAGCAGAAGCAGGCGAACGCCGACCUGGACCAGCUGAGGCAGCAGAAGGAACGACAGAGCGAGAAGCUGCAGCUGGUGGAGGAGGAGAGAGACGCUCUGCUCUCGGAGAGGGAGGCCGGCGGCCGGAGCGCCGCGGAGGAGACAGAGAGGCUGCGGAGCGGCGUGACGUCUCUCAGCCAGCAGAGGGACGAGCUGCAGGACGCUCUGGAGGCCCUGAGGCAGGAGAAGAGGCAGCUCAGAGCGCAGCUGGAGGAGCACGCGGAGACGACGACCUCUCAGAGUGAGAAGCUGCAGCUGGUGGAAGAGGAGAGAGACGCCCUGUUGGCGAAGGAGAGCGUCGGCCGGAGCGCCGCAGAGGAGACGGAGAGGCUGCGGAGCGGCGUGACGUCUCUCAGCCAGCAGAGGGACGAGCUGCAGGACGCUCUGGAGGCCCUGAGGCAGGAGAAGAGGCAGCUCAGAGCGCAGCUGGAGGAGCACGCGGAGACGGUGCAGCAGCUGGAGGAGCAGAGAGGAGGUGCAGCCGACGCCUCGCAGCAGUUGCUCAGCGAGGCGAACGCGACCAUCUCGGCGCUCCGGGAGCAGCUGAGCGGUUUGGAUCGGAGCGCCGCCGUCGCCAAGGAGACGGCGUCCUCGCGGCUGCAGGAGUCCACCGGGCAGAUCCAGAAGUCCCUGAGGAAGUUCCAGUCCUUCAUCGACCGCUGUGCCGAGCAGAGGUCGGCGGCGCCGGGCCCCUUGGAGGACGACCUGAGCCACCUGCCCCACGCCACCGCCGGGGCCCUGAGCGCCGUGUGCGAGCUGGACCGCCAGGUGUCGCUCGCUCUGGGGCGCUUGGUGGAGCACCUGCAGGCCCAGGCCCAGCAGUACCGGGACCUGUUCCAGCAGCUGGCGGACAAAGAUCUGGCCGUUUUCGAGGAGACUCGCCGUCAGGACCUGCUGCUGUGCCGAGAGGACGACGUCACGGAGCUGCUGGACAAGAGGCAGCGCCUCCUGCAGAAGAUGAGCGUGGCUCUGGAGAAGCUGCGCCCCGACAUGUUCUUCUACGCCGACACGCUGUCGGCCGAGCUGAGCUUCAGGGAGCGCCUCACGGAGCAGCUGACGGCCGUCUUCAACUGGCACAGCGGCGGCGAGCUGCACGGCGUCCUCAUCGGCAGCGAGCUGGACCACCUGGCCGAGUUGGUGCGCAGCACCGAGGUCGCCCUGCAGGCCGUCGUCGCCGAGCACCGCGCUCCGUGUGAGGAGCUGCGGCGGCUGGAGGCCGACGCCGAUGCCCGGCUCCGGGAGGAGAGGAGCAAGACGUCCGCCGCGCUGGAGGGCGGCGCCGCCCAGAGGACGGAGCGCCAGCAGCUGGAGCUGCAGCGGGCGGAGGAAACCAUCAAGGCGCUGCACGAACACGUGGAGCAGCUGGAGGAGGCGCGGCUCAAGGCCAGCAGCCGGGUGUCCAAUCAGAAGCAGGCAACGCAGCUGCUGCAGACGGAGCUGCAGGACAGCCGCGCUCAGGUGGAGGAGAAGGACCACGCCCUCCAGAGCCUCCGGAGCAAGCUGCGCCAGUCUGAGAACUCCUCCCCCGGCGCGGUGCAGCUGGAGAGCCUCCGGGCGAAGCUGUUCAAGGUGGAGCUGGCCUUGAGUUCGGCGACCGAGCGACACAGACAGGAGAUCCAGAAGAUGAACUCGCUGCUGAAGGAGAAGGAGGAGGGCGUGAGGAAGCUGAAGGAGACGCUGAGGAAAUGCCAGCAGGAAGGAGACGACUCGAUCCUGCAGGGCGAGGACCUCCACGCCCGGCUGACCGCGCCCAGGGGCGUGGUCAUCAAGACCAGCGUGCAGCUGGAGAAGAGCAAGCUGGCGGACGAGGUCAAGCGGCUUCAAGUCAAGAUCUCCGAUCUGGAAAGCUCCGUGUCCAAUAAGGAGGAGGACGUCAGCAAGUGGAAGAGCCGAGCCAUCGCGCUGAGGAUGAAGAGCAAGGUGGCGCUGGAGAAGCCGUCAUCGCCCUGCACGCCCACCAAGAGAGGCCACGCCUCCUCCUCCUACGGCACGCCCACCAAGAGAGGCCACGCCUCCUCCUACGGCUCGCCGACCCCCCGGAAGGCCCCGGACUCCCCCCAGAGCCGGUUCUCCGAGAUGCUGAGCAGAACCUGCCCCCGGCAGUUCUUCGAUAACUCCGCCCUCGGGACCGUCCCGGAAGCGGCGGCGGAGGAGAAGAAGGAGGAGAACUGGUGGCCGAUGUCUCCAAAGCAAGAGGAGAUGUGUAAGACUCAAUGACGGCGUCACGUUUUCCCUUUUUAAUCUUUUAUUUUCUGUCUUGUUUUUACUCUUCUGUUCUGAACUUGUAAUAAAGAAAACGAUUAAAGUAAC